AUUCAAACUCAAUGUUGACUGAUUAUUAUUCAUUCAAUCCGCCAGUCAACACGUAAAUAUGGCGGCGAUCGAUGUUGAGCCAACUAAAGCGGAACCUACCCUACGCACCUUGAAACUAUCGGGACAUGUUGGUUUCGACAGUCUACCUGACCAGCUGGUCAGUAAAAGCAUACAGAAUGGUUUCGUCUUCAAUAUUCUGUGUAUAGGUGAGACUGGCCUUGGUAAAUCAACUUUAAUGGACUCUCUGUUCAAUACCAACUUUGAAUCAUCUCCGAGUCCUCAUAACUUACCUACUGUUAAGUUGAAGGCUCACACUUAUGAACUGGAGGAAAGCAACGUUAGGCUGAAGUUAACAAUCUGUGACACUGUCGGUUAUGGUGACCAAGUGAAUAAAGAAGACAGUUUCAAAGCGGUAGUGGAUUACAUUGAUGCUCAGUUUGAGGCCUACCUGCAGGAGGAGCUGAAGAUCAAGCGUUCACUGUCCAGUUAUCAUGACAGCAGACUGCAUGUCUGUCUGUACUUCAUCUGUCCAACAGGUCAUGGUUUGAAGUCCAUUGAUUUGGUGUGUAUGAAGAAACUCGAUACCAAAGUGAACAUCAUACCGAUCAUCGCUAAGGCUGACACCAUCUCCAAGACUGAGCUGCAGAGGUUCAAGUCCAAAAUAAUGCAAGAGCUGCAGUCGAACGGCGUGGAGAUCUACCAGUUCCCGGUGGACGACGAGUCCGUGUCCGAGGUCAACGGCUCCAUGAACUCGCACCUGCCCUUCGCCGUCGUCGGCAGCACCGACUUCGUCAAGAUCGGCAACAAGACCGUGCGCGCGCGCCAGUACCCCUGGGGCACCGUGCAAGUGGAGAGCGAGUCCCACUGCGACUUCGUGAAGCUGCGCGAGAUGCUGAUCCGCACCAACAUGGAGGACAUGCGCGACAAGACGCACGCGCGCCACUACGAGCUGUACCGCCGCGCGCGCCUGCAGCAGAUGGGCUUCGGAGACGUCGACCGCGACAACAAGCCCGUGUCGUUCCAACAAACGUACGAGCAGAAGCGCAGCGCCCACCUCGCCGAGAUGCAGCAGAAGGAGGACGAGAUGCGCCAGAUGUUCGUGCAGCGGGUCAAGGAGAAGGAGGCUGAACUCAAAGAGGCCGAGAAGGAGCUGCACGCGAAGUUCGACAAGCUGAAGAAGGACCACACGGACGAGAAGAAGCGGCUGGAGGAGCUCCGCAAGAAGAUCGAGGAUGACGCCGUCGAGUUCAGCCGCCGCAAGCAGCUCGCCGCGCAGCCGCACCACACGCUCACCCUCGGCAAGAACAAGAAGAAGUAGCCCGCGCCUCAAUCUCACCGGUCACUCCGGCGGCUCGGCUACUCGAUGAAUAAUUAAUUUAAGCGUAUUUCAAGUUAAAACUCCCGUCUAAAUAUACAUUCGACGCUUGAAAGGCAACCGUGACUAAGCGACAAUGCGUGAACUUUACAGUAGACUAAUUUAAAGUUGAAAUACCUGAA